AUGCAUCCAUUAACAAUCCUUGAAGACAUAAGUUACAAGUUACGUGUUUCGUCCCCGAGAUACAAAUUUAAUCAAACGGGAAAUCCUGGAGAGAUUACUUGUACCCUUACCUUCCUUAAUAAGUCAUGGUCUUCACCUCCGGCACUAACCACUAUGCAAGGGGCAAAGGAAGAUGUAGCAAGGUUGGCUUUUAAGGACUUGAUGGAAAACAUGGAACCAAAUUUACGAGAGAGACUGGUCAAAUCAUUAAAGGUUCAAAAAAACAAGUACAUGAAUACAAAUCCUCAAAAGAAGAGACUUCAAAAGAAUCACCCAAAAGAAAAAUCUCAAAGGAAGGUAACUUCCAAGGAAAGCAUACAACCAAAGGAUCAGAAUCAAAAUCAACGAUCAAAGAAGAAUUUCAUCGGAAACAAACCAAGAAGUUUCGGUUGGCUUAACCACCAAGCAUCCAAAGGGAGGCAAAAUCCCAAUAUAAACCUUAAAUGUCCAUGUCACAUGUUAAAAGAAUUUUGUAAAUUUCAAAAACUUGGUGAACCCGUCUAUGAUACAAAGAAAAUAUUUGACGCAUUUAUAGGGAAGGUAUCAAUCGGUGACUUCCAACAGGAAGCUGAUUGUGUGGCACGUUACGAAAUCUGUAUCAGAGAGCGAGCUUCCGAGUUGGCUUUUAACUAUUUAUUUAAUCAAUCAUAUGAAAAGGAAUAUUUAGAGUUAAAUAGGGAAAGAAAAGAAGUUUUUAAACCAUGGAAUAACGGAGUGGAAGAAGGGACGGCAGCCUAUGAGGAAGGAUGGAGCGAUGAUGAUGAGGAGUUAAAUCUUUCUCCUCAAUAUAUUGAUUAUGCAAUAUCAAGAUUUCAAUGUCCAUACGAACAACAGAUUUAUCCAUCAUACUUGUAUUAUCCAACUAUUUAUCGACCGCAAGUAGUUUAUGGUGUUCGACCGUACAAAACCUACCCGACACUAUUAUCAGAGAUGUUUUGCGCUAAAGGAGGGGAAAAGAUUAAGUAUGAAUUUGAAAAGUUAGGAGGAGGAUGGUAUUGCUCUAUCAUUAUUAAAAACCAUGCGUUCAGGUCCGAACACUGUGAAAGGAAGAAGGAUGCAAAAGAUUCGGCCGCGAAAAAAGCGUAUUUAGCAUUUUGCAAUCCGCAAUAUAUCACCUGA